GCCAUGCAGCGAAUAUCAGAGUCAGUGUUCGUGGGACUGUGUCAUAAACUUGGAACAGCACAACAGGUGGCCAUGAGGAGAGAUAUAAUGGAAAUCAUUGAGAUGGUAAGGAAUCAGAAAGCGGCUGCAAUAAGUGGUUCUACGGGUUCGCUGUUGAGUGGAAGUCAAAGAGAAGGAUUCAGACUGAAAGAAUCAGAUUAUGACAUGAUGCUAUGGCCAGAUAAUCACCGUGUGAUCUGGGAAUUAUCUCAGUCUCGGCAUUACAACACACACAGACAAACACUGAUCCUCUGUGACUGUUCUGAUAGUCCACCAGGAUUCACUUUGCUAUAUUUACUGUCACCAAGCAUUCUCAGAAAAGUCCAGUAUGCUUGUGUUAGAAUGAAUAAUAGACAGUAUAUAUCUAGUUCCAAAUACAGACAGAUCGUGUGUGCCCUACCCACUUCAGAGUACCUUUCUCCACACGGACCAUGUGCCAGCGGAUCUAUUGGACCACUUGAAUAUGAUAUUGCCCAUUGUUUUGUUAGUGACUUUUGGCCUCCAUCUGCCUCUUCUUGGAAAGACAGAUGUAACUCAUGGCCCCAUCCUAAUAUUGUUGAUGAUAUUGUACAAAAUGGAUGUCACUUUGUAGCAAUAGGACAUAAACUAGGAAGAAAUGAAGGCAAUGAAUGGAGAAUUUCUUUCUCUCUGGCAGAAAACAAACUUGUGUAUGCCAUGAACCAUUGUCAGUUCUUAACCUACGGUUUACUUAAAUUGUUUUUAACGGAAAUAAUUAACAACGGAUUAAGUGCUGGUAAUAAAUUAUUGUGUUCCUAUCACAUGAAGACAGCAGUUUUCUGGGUGAUUCAACAAAAUACAAUUCCUCAUUGGUGUCCACAAAAUCUCCUUGAGUGUUUCUGGGUCUGUUUUAAGCUAAUCCUUAAAUGGGUGUAUGAAGGAGUCUGUCCAAACUUUUUUAUUCCUGCUAAUAACAUGUUUCUGGGUAAUAUUCAUGGUGCAGCACAAAAACAUUUAUUCAUUAGAUUACAUGGAUUGUAUGAGAAGGGUUUUGUAUUCCUGCUACACAGUCCCUCUAUUAGAUCUUCCAUUAUUACUGCCCUUUAUAACCCUAGACACUCUAUCCGUACAGAAGAACACACUCAGAUAUCUGAGAAGGAAUUAGAUUUAGAGCUAUUUACAGAACUACAAAAAAAUGAUACAAUAUGCAUGUUCAAAGCACCUCUACAGAACUGUACAACGGACCUAGAGGCAAUAGAACAAGUGAUUAGUGCACAUCCCAUGACACAGUAUCAAAUCAUUAUGUUGCAGAAAUUUACAACCUCUAUCCUUCAGAACCUUGCUUUUAUAUUACAGAUGAUGACUUGUGCAUCUGAAAACAAACUGAUGUAUAGAGCUGACAUGAUACUCUGUCACAUGCUGAAAUUAGCCGCCAAGUUUGGUUGUAUCUCUGACAUGCUGUACAUAGCUAUGUAUUAUUACAAAACACUUAGAUACAAGAAAGCUUUAUCUAUAAUAGACGUGGUGAAGGUUAAGUUAGCACACCCAUGUGUGAUAUAUAACUCUAAUGUAGAUGCAGAGAUGUAUAUAGAGACUGUAGGAGGACAACCCUUGUCUACAAAGAUGAAACAAGCGGUAGCACAGGACAUCAAACUUGAAAACCUAAUCUGUUAUAUUUGUGAAUUAAUACCAGAACAACAGUCUGGUCUAGAGGACACAACUUUUUUCUUAUCUGUCCCACUCUUUGUGCUGUUACACAUGCUAGAGAUCUUGUGUUACAGACAGAUAGAUACAAUAAGAGCACAAACAGCUCUAGAUGAUCUACAGACUCUAGUUCACUAUGAUCAGGGACAGUUUGUAUAUUCAGAUCUCAGAGACAUAUCCUGGCAGAUACUUGGAAUCUGUCAACAGCUGACAGGGAACCUACAGGAUGCUUGGUACUCAUAUCAACGAUCUCUCAGACAACGACAUUUGAUAAAUAGAAUACAAAAAGCUACAAUAAUGAGAAUACAGAAUAUUUGUCAAUAAACAUCAUUGAAUUGUUACUUAACGAAUCUCAGACAUUGGUAAAAGUUUACAUAAUCAAUACAGUUUUAUAUUUCUUUUUAUUCUGAAUGCCCUGAAUGACCUUUGUUUUAAGUUUGCAUUUUUUGUUGCGUAUUACUAAACAAACGAACGGUACUGCCCAUAGAAAACUAAGCUGUUGAAGAAAUUACUAACUUAAGCACCCUGUUGACUUUAAUUUCAGCAAUGAUUAACAAGAUUUUAAUUAUGUUGUUUUGCUUACU